GAUCUUGAGUUUCACAGCCCCCUAUUUUGGGAUCCCAGUCUGUAACUCCCCCAUCCGGGUAUACUACCACACUCGCCUCUGGAGUAAACCACCUCCAUCGCACCCGCCCCGACCUACACUGGCGGCCCCCCUACUCCCCGCAGCCCGGGUCUUGAAGCUCGGAUCCCCGCUUGGGUUAGCCCUCAGACUCGGGACACCGAACCCUGUUGCCUGCCCGCUGAGCGCAUUCGCCGCUCAGACAGGCAGCGGUGCCCUCCUCCCGUUUGAGCCGGUACCUGUCGACAGCAAGCCCAGUUCCUACAGUACAGUACCAGCCCCCGCAUCAAAUCGUUGUGCCUCGUUUACAGCACCUGGUUGGAACACACCUUUAGCAAGCGAGCCUCGUCCAGCCCGGGCCUCUUCAACACCUUCGCCCGCCAUGCCCGGCCCGGCGGCCGGUAGCAAGUCUCGGGUGUACGCUGAUGUGAACACUCUGAAGAGCAGGGAAUAUUGGGAUUAUGAGGCACACGUCCCCAACUGGAGUAACCAGGACGACUACCAGUUGGUUCGGAAACUCGGCAGGGGGAAGUACAGUGAGGUCUUUGAGGCCAUCAACAUCACCAACAAUGAAAAAGUUGUGGUUAAAAUUCUCAAGCCAGUAAAGAAGAAGAAGAUAAAACGAGAGAUUAAGAUCCUGGAGAACUUGCGGGGUGGCACCAAUAUCAUCCGAUUGGUGGAUACGGUGAAGGACCCUGUGUCCAGGACCCCUGCCCUUGUUUUUGAGUACAUCAAUAAUACUGAUUUUAAGGAACUUUACCAGAAGCUAACAGAUUUUGAUAUACGGUUCUACAUGUAUGAGCUGCUUAAGGCUCUUGAUUACUGUCACAGCAUGGGGAUUAUGCACCGUGAUGUCAAGCCUCACAAUGUGAUGAUCGACCACCAGAUGAGAAAGCUGCGGCUGAUUGAUUGGGGGCUGGCAGAGUUCUAUCACCCAGCCCAGGAGUACAAUGUCAGGGUGGCAUCUCGCUACUUCAAGGGUCCAGAGCUGCUGGUUGAUUACCAGAUGUACGAUUACAGCUUGGACAUGUGGAGUCUCGGGUGCAUGCUGGCCAGCAUGAUCUUUCAGAAGGAGCCCUUCUUCCAUGGCCAGGACAACUAUGACCAGUUGGUCCGAAUCGCCAAGGUUUUGGGAACAGAAGAGCUGUUUGGGUACCUGCGGAAGUAUCAUAUAGAGCUGGACCCCCGCUUUAAGGACCUCCUGGGACAGCAGACGCGGAAGCGAUGGGAGCAGUUCAUUCAGUCAGAGAACCAGCACUUAGUGAGUCCUGAGGCUCUGGAUUUACUGGACAAGCUGCUUCGCUAUGACCAUCAGCAGAGACUGACUGCCAAGGAGGCCAUGGAGCACCCCUACUUCUACCCAGUGUUGAAAGAUCAGUCCCAGUCCAACUCUGACAGCAAUCUUGCCUCCAGCGGGUUGACAGCUGCCCGGUGAGACAGCAGGACCUGCAUUUGUUACCUCACUACUCCCCCUCCCCCGUGGCAGAAACUUUGCAAGUGUACAGCGGCCAGAUAAACAAACACAAGAAUAAAAGGGAUGGCUUGUCAUUCGAUCCAAGGGCCAGCCGCGCUACACUGUUGCAAUGUUGCAGUGUUGCUCUGACUGAACAGCAAACACUUACCAUAAACCCGGUUUUGUGUCCAGUUCAAAAUACUCUCCUCCACCCCUCCCCACACCUGCCCGUCCCCUCCACAAACCUUAUCCCUUGGAAAUAAACAGCAUGGACAAUGAAAUAAGGAAUGAGUGGGUGAAUGUGACUCUCCCCUGCCCAAUCCCAUCCUUCCCCUUUCCCACCACCUUAAAUUCGUCCUUUUUAAAUAUCCCUGAAUUGCCCCACAAACACUGUUCAGAUGUCUUCAAACUGUAGUAGCGAUUGACGUGGCAUGGUGGACCUCAUUUUGCUCUCAGACGAUGUUAUAAUAAUAAUAAACGUAUAUGAUUUUUAUUUAGAAUUA